AGAUUGGUAAAUCAAAAGGAAUAGUAUCUAACAAGUAUGUUGGGAUUAAAGAGAAAUUAGCUAGUAAAGAUAUCAAAGCUUUAUCAAUAAGGCCUAAGACUAUCUGUCUAAUUGUGUUAAA